CAUUCCCGCCGACCCCGCAGCCCGACCCCGCAUCCGCCAUCCCCGCCGACCCCGCAGCCGCCAUCCCCACGCCGUCUCCACCCCCCAUCAGGCACCCCCCCCGCCCCGCCCCGCUCGUCGCCAUAGAGUUUCAUCGCCUCGCUCGCGUCGCCAACUACAUCCGCUCGAACCGCGUCCUUACAUGCCAUGCCCACCAUCCUCGCUCGCUCCAACCAUGUAUCUACAUGUCGCCUCCGACAUCCACGCCCAUGCUUCGUGUAGUGCUUGACGCGCCCGCUCCAACCGCGUCUAUGCAUGCCGUGACUGCCAUCCUCGCCACCCGCAUGCCUCAUCUGCAUCCUCCGUUUAUCGUACUUAUCCGCGGUAUACCUUCCCUCAUCGUUCAGUCCGCGCUCACUCUGCCCCACGAUCCGCUUCUCCCCCGCGCCCCUCGGCAAGCUCGCAGUCCAGGAUCCGAUUCUCGCGUCGCCCUCCCGCCGCGCCCCUCGGCAAGCUCGCAAUCCAGGAUCCGAUUCUCGCGUCGCCCUCCCGCCGCGCCCCUCGGCAUCUCAACUACCUCGUGAUGCCUCCCCCACCCCCGAUCUAUAAACCAGCCGCUCGCCACUCCUCCCGUACUCUCGCCCCCGACCUCAUGGAAGGAUCCGCCUCUCGCGCGCCCCCGCCGACGCACGCAACUCGCAGACGGCGCCCCCCCAGAUCCACUUCUCGCUGGCCGCUCAGAUCCUCCAUAUCCUGACCUCUCCCUCCUCUUGCUGCAGAUGAUAUGCUAGAGCGUCAGCAAGGCGGACUCUCCAAACCUCCAGAGAGGGAGGGAGGCAGCAGCCAAUGCCCAGCACGUACCAAUCUGCGUGGCGGGAGGUGCCCGGACUGCGUACCCACGGGCGAGCAGGAUUUUGACGAUCCACGACCCGAUGAAGUCGCCGGCGUCGGUGACGCACAAGGCGGCAGUGGCCAUCGUGCGCUGACGCCCAGUCCCUUCCUCUCGCGAGCGAAACGGGGGGCGGUGGUGCCGCCGGGCGAAUGGAUUCGUCCGAGAGCGAGCAAAUAGGGGUAAGCAUUUAUCAAGCGGAAGUGGGAAGAAAUGGUACAGUGAAGUGGAGGAAAUGACACAGAACACGAGCGAAGCUGGCAUCUCAAGGCGGUCGCACUCGCACGUUCUAUUCUUGUGUAGUGCAGCUCCGAAGUCGCUGCUACCAGGUGCCCCCGUGCUGGGGCAUAGGUGCAGUCGCCGCUGCGCCCAGCCUACACAAAGGCAGCUACCGUUGCGACAACGAGAGGGAGCUCCCAAGGCACCAAUGUUGUUGCUGCCAGUUCUUCAAAGAGUUAUUGAUGGUUCACAAAAGACCACUGUUGCUCUGCCAAUUCACAAAGCCUUGAUGAUUGUUAUGAUGGAACCAAUGUUGAGGCCUACAACAAUGAUGUCAUUGUUCCCAUGGGACCUCAAUCUCCAAAAAACCAAGAGGCCGUGGGAAGAGGAAUGUGACAAUGAGAAGGUUCAGUUAAAGACUAUUGGAAAAGAUGUCGCCCUAACCGUUGGGCAAACACCUGGAUGACAUCAUCUUCUCUGCUAAAGGCACCAUAUUCUCUUCAAGGAUCCAAACAAUUACCCCACUUGGGAAGAGGAAUGUGACGGAGUUAGCACUACCUCCACAUAAUGGGAAGGUUGGGUUAAAGCCUAUUGGUACCUGGUGAGUAUUUUGUUUUUAUUUCAGCACAUGCUCGCUUGCUGCUCUCAUAUUUUAAGCCAUGUUAUAUUUACACUGCUUGCCUUGGAAAAUUUUAAUUUGUAGCAAUAAUUUUUGGAUAAUUUGUACUAUAUGUAACUUUUAAGUUAUAAUUACACUGCUUAUCAACGGGCUAUACCCUUGUAUGGUGGACAUUCACGAAUAGCAAGGUAGGGUUGUUGAAACAAGGAUAGGAUUUUCAUGGCAUGAUUACUACUGCAAGAAAGAUGAAAUACUUUGGUUACAAAUGUGUAGCUCCGGCACCGUUGCUGUUCUGGUCUCGGCCGUGGAGAUGGAACUAUGAUUAAAAGAAAAGAGAACACUACGGAAGGAACCUACUGAUGCUCAGUGUACUGCGACUUUCCCACGAUGCUCAUGAUGUCGAAGUCUGCAGUUGCUAGACUGGCCCGAGUAAUUGCUAAGUUUUGUAGAAAAUGUUUAGGCCCAUUUUUGAACGCAUGAAUUUCGUAUAGGCUGUAUUUCACACGAAAUACACAGGAACAAACAUUUUUCCUGCCUUCCAAACAGGUCGUUAGGAUUAGUUGAAGUUCCAGUUUGAUCAUAGGCACCUAGGUCGAUGCUCUUUAGUAAGAUGUAAGUAAUAUGUCUUCUGGCCAGGUUGAGCAAGGCUUAGCUGCAGUGUAUCAGUGUGGUACAGCUGAUGUAUUUAUACUGUUACAAUCUAAUGAGACUAUAUGGAUUAGAGCUAUCAGAACCUGCACAGAUAUUUCACAAUAAACUCUUAGGUUAUAUA